AUGGUUCGCGUCCUCUUGACGAAACUGGCUGCAUUGGACCCUUCUCCGGAAAAGCAGAAUGCCUUCAAGAUGGGUCCUGUCGAUGAGCCGCAUUGGCGCUUUUGCUUUGCUCGGGAGGACUCCUUUCUAACCACCUUCUCGCCAACCUACCGAAAGGAUUCUUCUCGAUAUGCCUUUGAGACGUCGCACAGUUUCAUUUUGUUUCAACCCUUGACUUCCUUUGGGCGACAUGGGUUGACCGAGGAUACUCCUGCUUCUGCCACCAACUGGAAAAAUCCCACUAGCAUGCGUGACAAGGCUCGUGUCGCGUUCAAGGAGAAUGGCUGUCCGUACCAUAUUCCUGAAGAAUUGCCAUACCCAGUGGUGGAGCACAUCGUCAAGCCGAAAAAGGAUGACGGGACAAGCUGCGUUCGUUGGUGGGAGCCCCUUGAGCCUUGA